UGGAGGAGAACACAGCCGUGAGCCGUGCUAGACCGAGAGGAAGAGAAGGAUCGCGCGCGCGGCCGGGAUGGCGGAGGCGAUCAUCGGGCCUCUGGUCGGGAGGCUGCAGGAGGUGGCCGUGGGCGAGGCCCGGUUGCUGUUUGGGGUGAACGCCGACAUCCACAGGCUCCGGGACAAGCUCAUGUGGCUGCAGGCCUUCCUCCGCGAGGCCGACACCAGGCGCCGCGCCGUCUCCAACGAGAUCACGAGGGUCUGGACGCAGCAGACGCGGGACGCCGUCUUCGACGCCGAGGACGCCCUCGACCAUUACCAUCUCCAUGUGGACAAGUCCAGGUACCCAAGGUGGGCUCGUCCUACUAUGCGAUGCCUGGCAACAUUUACAACAGAAAUACGGAUGAGACGCAGCCUAUCAAGAAAAAUUAAGGCCAUCAACCGAAGGCUUGAUGAUAUCAUUGAAAACAAAGAUAAAUACAAGAUGGAUGAUGCGGAUAAGAAGACAGAUGUGACAUGGAAACCUUCUACCACGGCAUCUAUACCUUACACCCAUAGAAAGCUGGAUGAUAUCCACGAUUCAAGUGUGGUGAUAUAUGUGGAGGAGCAUAAAUUACUAGAGGAAGCCCUUAGUACUUUAGCAGAACAAGAAGAGAGCAAUCAAUAUCAUCCUAUUGUGACCACAGUGUUUGGAGAAAGUGGUAUUGGCAAGACAACCCUUGUGAGAGACCUAUACAAAAGAAUACAUAAGAAGAAAGAGUUUGAAGUUCAAGCCAUGGAGCGCUUUGCUCCUUAUUUAACUGCUACCAACAUCCUACAACAAAUUGUUCAGCAACUAACAGAUGAUGACAAGAAUUGCCCUAAAGAAAAAGCCCUAGAAAUGUUGAAAGUUGUAUUGGGAGAGAAGAAGUACUUACUGGUGAUAGAUGGUGAAGUUAGCGGUACUGAAUGGAAGAACAUUCUUACUAGCCUUCCAGCAGGUGCAAGAGGAAGUAGAAUAGUGCACAUUACACAAGGUAAACCAGAAGAGCCACCAAGCAGCUAUCGUCAUUUGUCCAUUCAGGUAAAGAAACUUAAAGAAGAAGACAUCAUGGAAUUGUUCAUAAAGAGGCUACCUAAGGAAAUGCAGGAUGAAAACUUCAUAAAACACCACCGUGAAAUUAUUUGUAAAAUCACUCAAGGGUUGCCAUUGGCAGUAGUUCUUUUGUCAGGUCUUGUGCAAACCAAGGAGUUCCCUGUUGAGUGGGAGAAGGUUUUUGACUACCUUAAGUCAAAGCAGUCAAAUAGGCUUGACAGUAUGUUGUCCGUUUGCUUCGACGAUCUUCCACAUGAACUAAAAUGUUGCUUCCUAUACUUUGCUGCAUUGCCAACCAACACAACAAUUGAGGCACGCAACUUAGUGUGUAUGUGGAUUGCAGAGGGAUUCAUAAGGUCAAAAGGUGGAAAGUCGAUGGAGAAGAUUGGCUAUAUCUACCUAAAUGAGUUGAUUAAUAGGAAUCUUGUCAAUCCAGUGAAAAUGGACGAUGAUUCUAGUUUUGGGAGUAUGUUUGUCACAAUCCAAAACAAAGUUCAUGAGUUUUUGCAGAUUGAAGCACAUGAAGCAAGCUUCGUGGAGGUCCAUAGUGGUGAUGAUAUCCCUACAUUAACAAGUGCCCGUCGCCUCUCUCUACAGAACUACACUGAGAAAUAUGCUGUCCUGGCACAUCCAUUACCAAAGCUACGAUCUAUCUUUUCUCAGUAUGAACAAGAGCCUAAAGGUCCUGAUCAUGGUCGUAGGUCCAAAAGAAGCCCAACUUAUCAUGUGUUUCAUCUAUCUCAACGAAGGGUAGUAAGCUCUAUGAGAAAGAAAGACAUUAGAUCUCACAUAAAAGAGUUGUUUCAUGGAUCUGAAUACCUCCGUGUCAUCAAUCUGCAGGGGAUUGACAUCGGAGAAAAAUUGACAAAUGCAAUAGGCAAUGUUGUCCACUUGCAGUACCUUGGCAUCACAUCAUGUUCAGUGACAAAGAUCCCAUCAUCUAUCGGAAGGCUCACUAGCCUUCAAACAUUGGAUGUCAGGGAAACUAAUGUCCGAAAGCUCCCAAGGGCUUUCUGGAUGAUAAAGACCCUAAGGCAUGUGUUUGGGUUUGCCCUGGAAUUGCCUAAGCAAAUUGGCAACUUGAGGCAGCUACAUACACUUGACUCCAUAGAUCUUAAAGUUUCUGAGCAGGCCUUAAAUGAGACGCUUGGAGAGAUGAUCCAUCUUGAGUUCUUGUCUAUUUGGCAUAUCUCACAUGACAAUGUGGUGGAUUUACCUGGUGCUCUUGAUAACCUUGAGAGCCUUAGGACGCUCAUAUUGCAUGGGAUUAUACCUUCAAGUGUCUUCACCACCUCUUCCCUUCGCCGCCUCAAAUUCAUGUUUCUAAAUGGGGACCUACCAUAUUCAUAUUACAAAGAUGAUGAUAAGCAUGUGUUUUUCCUACCUAAUCUCAUCAUGCUUUCGUUGGAGGGAACAAAUAUCACACAAGAGUUCAUUAGCAAGCUAUCUGAGCUGCACUCUCUUGCCACCCUUGUGUUGUAUCCUGGCUCGUACAAGGACAAGGAACUUGUAUUCUCUUCACUCAGAUUUCCACGUCUGAGGAAAAUCAAGAUUAUUGAUGUGCAAGUAUUGGAAAAGGUCAAAAUUGAGGUGAGCGUGCUUCCCAAGCUCAAAGAACUGGAAAUUCACUCCCACCACACAGGUCAUUAUUAUGAAAUUGAUAUGGGUGAUGAUGAACAUGGUCAAAUCAUGAGGAUCAUGGUAGACCUCAAGAAAGAAGAUGCUGUUAAUAAAGAAAUGUUGCUACCACUGGAUGGUUGAUGGUUUUCUGCUGAAAAGGUAAAAAGGCACCAAUCGGCGGCUGUUCAAAUAGUGUGGAUUAAGAUGUUACGAUUCAUAUGGUUCUUAUAGCUGGAUUGUAUGGUUUGGCUAUAUACAUACCCCCUCUUUGUUUUACAUGUCAUAACUACUUUGUCUUAAAUAAAACUUGUCAAGCUUCGAUCAAGUUUAUAGAAAAAUAUAUCAACA